UUUUGUUGCGCCUGAUAUUUUCAAAAUUCAACUUUUUUUUUCACUGUAAAGCGGGCUUCUCCGAUAUCCUAAUUUCAAUUUGUAGGGUUCCUCAAAAUCAUUUCAAUAAUUCAAUUUCAGAUGUAUGGUGAUGCUUCUUUGAUUACAAAUCGGCGUUGAACAAUUCUCCGAUUUUACACUCUAAUCGAAUCACUUUGGGGUGUUUUGUUAAUCGCUGUUCUCAAGAUCUGAGAUUUACAGGGAGAAGUGAGCUGGAACAAGGUGCCGGAGUAGAUGGCGAUCAUAUUUGCGUUGGUGGCUCGUGGAACGGUGGUGUUAUCGGAGUUUAGCGCUACUUCGACUAACGCUAGCUCAAUCUCGAAGCAGAUUUUGGAGAAGUUGCCUGGAAACGAUAGCGAUAGCCAUAUGUCUUACUCUCAGGAUCGCUACAUCUUCCAUGUGAAACGAACAGAUGGUCUUACCGUUCUCUGUAUGGCCGACGAAACCGCCGGAAGGAAUAUUCCGUUUGCGUUUUUGGAUGAUAUUCAUCAGAGGUUUGUGAAAACAUAUGGCCGAGCUAUUCAUUCAGCUCAAGCUUAUUCCAUGAAUGAUGAAUUUUCAAGAGUUCUGAGUCAACAGAUGGAGUUUUAUUCCAAUGAUCCUAAUGCAGACAGGAUGAGCAGAAUCAAAGGUGAAAUGAGUCAGGUUCGAAAUGUGAUGAUUGAGAAUAUUGAUAAAGUUUUGGAUAGAGGGGAGCGUUUGGAGUUGCUAGUUGAUAAAACCGAAAAUAUGCAAGGCAACACUUUUCGUUUCAGAAAGCAAGCUCGUCGUUACAGAACCAUUAUGUGGUGGAGAAAUGUCAAGCUUACAAUUGCUCUGAUACUUGUACUAGCUUUGGUUGUGUACAUCGCGAUGGCCUUUGUUUGCCAUGGGCCAAGUCUUCCUUCUUGUUUCAAGUAAGAAGACAUUCUCUUAUCUUCUUCACCUUUCCCUUCUUGGGAAUUAUCAGACUCUGCUUCGAUUUUGGAAUGUGAGAUUAUAUGCGUUUGUCUAAAAUGUGUGUUUAUGUGAUCUUUCAAUUUCAGCUUCUGCUUAUUGCUUUGAAUUACAGAGUCGAUUAUUUAUUUGUAAGUGUGAUAUUUCACUGUUAAUGAUCAUCCCCUGUCUGUUUGCAAUUUAUGCUGCGGCGUUAAAAGUUGUAUUAAAUGAUGACGUUUUUAGCUUUUGCUUGAUCUGUGAAGAAUUUUCCAACUUAUUAAGUUCUAGUCACAUGGUGAAGAACUGAAGAUUGGCCACAUGGAAAUUUGGUGUUUGACUAACAUAUUCAAUCGAAAAUUGAAUCAACUUAUAUUAUGGUGAAAGUUUUUCAUCUUUUUGUAUCUGAA